AAGUGUUAACGAACUUCUAAUUGACCAGUUCAAAAAUAUUUUGAACACGAAAGAUAUUGCGUAUUUUCUCACGACAAAAUGAGCACUUUUUUCAACGACUAUUUCAAAUACGCCGCUGUCGGUGCAUUGGCCAUAGGCGGAGUGGCCAUGGGAUGUUAUGCGUACAAGCGCUGGUAUGGCAAGGAGAGAGACGUCGCGAGUAAAGAGAGGGAGGAAUGCAAGAGAGACAGCAUUGCAGAUGAUGACAUCAUCCGUAACCACGGGAAUCCACACGAAACAGACGCAGAGAAGACUGUGCAUGACAUCAAUGAUGGCGAUGAUACGUCACACCACGACCUCAACGAGGAAUAUCACAAGAAAGUAGAUACAUCUUGUCUACAUUUAAAAAAGGAGUCAGAUGAGUGCAUAGACAAUAAGGAAAUAGACAAAAUGCACGAAAACGAAAAUAACUUGAACACUUUUUUGCGAGAAUUCGAUAAGGCAAUGUUGUCGAUGGCAGACAACUUAUUUUGCCAGGGACGAAGCCUUGAGGAACUCCGUCAGGCAGAGAUGGAUCUUGGUCCUCUGUGGCCGAUGAUUGAGGUUUACCGGGACAUGUUGCCCGACUGAGGAAGUUUAAAACUUCCACAAAACUUUCUUUUAUUGCUUUUUACCGUCUGGUGAAUCUAUCAGAUCGGAUUUCAUUAUUGAGUAAUUUUGUUUGAUUUAUUUGUAUUUUCUUGAAAUUGAUUAAAAGAUGUUCGAACAAAAAGAAUAAA